GAGUUGGCAACGAUCAGCAAAAUUCACCUUUGCAAUGAACAAUGUGAAAGCAACGGAAGAAUCGCAGGUUUGUACAAAGCUACAUCUCAGUUCACUGCCAAUGUAUCUUCUCUGAUUAUACAAUUGCUAGUAUGUUCGCGGUGGUCAGAGACGUUCUACUCCUUUCUGUUUUUUUAUCGUAUCAACGUAUACAACCUGACCUGGAUCGAGCGACAAUUCGCCGCUCGCUUAUUUGCCACACCACCCACCGCAACCGUUGAGGAAGCUCAGGAAGCAUUCGAGGAGGUAAUUUGCGGUGACCGUGCCGCCAAUAUAGAUCAUCUGUUUUGGAUUUGUAAAACGCUGACCUCUAACAAUGCGUAUUAUUUUUUAGGCCAUCUGGUGCCCCAAAGACGGAUAUGGAAUAGAAUCAUCCAAUCCCUUACUGAUUCACUCCUCUACGGCUUAUGUUUCGCCCAGACUAAAUCGGUUUGCACCAUAUCCGCAACUUAA